AUCCCAUUUAUUUUUCCCAUCUCUUUCCCUCUUCGGAGCCCGGAACCCUCUCGCCGGAGCCAUGACCAAGCGGCGGCGGCUAAAACCUCCGCCGCCGCUGGCGGCCUCAACACCUCCUUCUCCUCCUCCUCCGCUGGCGACACCACCAAAGCAAAACCCUAGCCCUAACCCUAAUCCUAAGCCGGCAGCCUCCCGGACCAAAACGCAGCGGUCCCUCGCCCCCUCUCUCCUCCACUCCAACGCCACCUCCGCCGGAUGGGAGCCCCUACAUAUCUCCCGCUCCGAGCUCUCCCUCCCCCUCUCCCUUCCCACUGGCCAGACCUUCCGGUGGCGGCGCACCGCUGCCGAUUGCUUCACUGGCGUCGUUGGGCCCCACCUCCUCUCCCUCAAGCAUCUCGAAGGUGACCCCGCCGGCCACGUCGCCUUCCUCCUCCACGGCCCCUCCUCCGCCUCCGCCGCUGCGCUCUCCGCCCUAGGGGACUACCUCAAUCUUGGCGUCUCCCUCGCCGACCUCUGGCAAGGCUUCGCCCAGGCCGACCCCCGCUUCGCCGAGCUUGCCCAGCGGUUCGGCGGUGGCGCCCGCGUCCUUCGGCAGGACCCGGUGGAGUGCGUCUUCCAGUUCCUCUGUUCCUCAAAUAACAACAUUGGGAGGAUCGAGAGGAUGGUCGGCAUGCUUUCAUCGUUCGGGGAGUAUCUCGGGACUGUCGGUGGGUUCGACUUCCAUGAGUUCCCGUCGCUGGACAGGCUGUCCCUCGUCUCGGAACAGGAGCUCCGGGAGGCUGGCUUUGGUUACAGGGCAAAGUACGUUGUUGGUACAGUUAAGGCUUUGCAAGCGAAGCCUGGUGGAGGUGCUGAAUGGCUCGCUUCUCUUCGUGGCUUGGAGCUUCAUGAGGUGGUGGAUGCCCUUUGCACUUUGCCUGGAGUUGGACCGAAGGUUGCUGCCUGUAUUGCUCUUUUUUCCCUCGACCAGCACCAUGCCGUCCCUGUUGAUACUCAUGUGUGGCAGAUUGCAGUGCAAUAUCUCAUGCCAGAGCUUGCAGGCAUGAGCCUGACACCGAAGCUUUGCAAUCGUGUGGCUGAGGCAUUUGUGGCCAGAUUUGGUAAAUAUGCUGGUUGGGCACAAAAUGUACUCUUUAUAGGUGAGCUAUCGUCGCAGAAGGCACUUGGGGCAUCAGAUGUUACCGUCAGCAGCCAGCCAAAGUCUGCUAAGAGAAAACGCAAGAAAAACAAAGUGGCUCGAGAAGUAUCCUCCCAGGGUGGAUAAACAUGCAGGUAGGGUCAUCCGCUUGCUAUUAUUUAGUUUCGAGCUGGUUAGAUCUUUAAUUUUUGUAACCCAGGAGAUCUGUGUCUGAAUACACAACACAUUCUUGAGAGGGCAGAAGAGUUUUCCUCAUGAUCUAAGCAUUGUUUGUGAAGCUGUGACAUGACAGAUUUCAUUAGAAUUUUGCUCCAGAAUGACCCGGUUGUGCUGAUAAGUUGUAAUGGCAUCCCCUAGGAGAAAAUUUCCUUCUUCUGGCAUGCUACUGAUACCCGAUUCAACGGGGGAUCUUAUUUGUCGCGUAUAGCUGCUGAAAGUCUCAAAAUCGUUAUUCCUCAAA